AUGUGUUCACUCGAACACACGUGGAUUUCAGACUUGGGCGAGUGGAACGCCGAGCCCCCGAGUCGCAACCUGCUCUUCACGAGCAAAGUGGAAAGCCUACUGGGCUUCGAGGUGGUCGGGCUGGCCGGUAUCAUCGUGUUCCUGGUCUUCUCGCCGCCAGAGAAGCGCGAGGCCUCCGAGUACCUGCUCUGCUCCAACCUGACCUGCUACAACCUGCGUCGGCAUCUGCACUCGGUCAUGAACCUGUCCGAGAAUCCCUGCGACGACUUCUACAACUUCGUGUGCGGACAGUGGUCCGACGCGCAACGCAAGUUCGACGACCAGUUCGACUACCUCGAGUACAGGACCCACAGUGUGGCGAAGAUGAUGCUCGAGGCGCAAGAAAGCACAUUUCCCGCUCCCGACAAACCGCUGAAUGUGAAGCAGAAGGCCGCGCUCAGUUACCUCGCUUGUACGGAGGUCUACCUCCGCAGACUGGAUGGGACUUCUAAGCUACAAGACGUAUUCGACAAGCACGACCUCCACUUCUUCAAGGGCUCAAGGAUGCCCAGCAGCUCCGAUCUGCUGCAGAUCCUCGUGGCUCUGGCGCUCAACUGGAACCUUCCGGUCCUCUUUCAGAUUGUCUUAGCCCCGGACCAGAGGAAAGCGAAUAAGAGGAUCCUGAGUUUCGGUUUCAGCGAGGCCCUCAUUGAAUGGAUGAAGCAUAGGAAGCGGUUCCUGGCUCCGGAGGCGUUGGUGCGCUGCAUUCGAGAGUUCGUCAACGUGCUGUCCACGAACAACGUUCGAAAUGCGACUCUGGCGUCUGCCCUAGUCAAGAUGGACACCGAGGUGACCGCUGCCUGGAGCGCUGCGGCGGCCUCUUCUGGCAGAGCUGGCCGCUUCCUGCGGUUCGAGGACAUAGCCAACGGCCAGAUGACUAAUGUCGUCUGGCUGGAAGCCAUCAACGGCAAUCUUGCCACGAAGACGAACUUCUCCUCGUCCGACGAGAUCUACGCUAGUGAUCCUAGGAUAUUUCGUCUGGUAGACGAGUUCCUCGUCAAGUACAGCACGAACGAAGUUCGCCAUUAUAUCGGUUUCCACGUAAUUCGACAACUGGCACCUUUUACGUCGUACAGGUUUGUCAUUUCGCUGUUUGGCUACCCCGAAGAAGACGAUGGCCCCAUAUUGAAGUACGUGGCGGACAAGUGCGCAGCCGCAGCGACGCAGUUGACGUCAUUCGCCUUAGCUAUGCUCGUCUUCGAAGGCGCCUUGCAGGAAGAACGCAUGACAGAAGCCCGGCACUUAUACAUGGAGCUGAAGAACGAGACCAGAGGAUCGCUGUCAUGGCUAGAACCCGGGGGUCGUGCAGAGGCCGAAGAGCGGCUUGACAACCUCAGGUUCAUGAUCGGCUGGCCGGACAGGUUCAACAAGACAGAGGCCAUCGACAAGUUUUACUCGUACCUACCCGACUUCAAAGGCUACUACUUUGAAUUCUAUCUCACCUCCGUUCAAGCGCUGAGAGACAAGCAGAAGACCCAGCUUGUGGCAGACCCGAAAGCGCCGGUCAUCGCGAAUGAGGAGGACAGUGUGUUGUCCGUGCUGAAGGCGACGGCGCAGUACUCCAACUGGCACGGGACGGUUUUUCUCCCACCCGCCCUCCUCUUCGAGCCAUUCCUGUUUGACGCAGGGGACGCCUUCAACCUUGGCGGCCUGGGACACAUCUUGGCUCACGAGCUGUGGCACGCAGCCUUGGGUGACGUCACGACGGGCAUCGCGUCGGACACGGACACCGUCGUCAGCGCCGUGCGGCUCAGGAAGCACGCCUGUCUCGCCCAGAGGUUCGUGGACGCUGGGGGCGAGGCGAAGGACAUGCACGACGCGUCCGUCGAGAACCUUGCCGACCUGAUGGGGCUGCAGGCGGUGUACUCUGUACACAAGAGGACCAACUUGUCGUCGGAAGAUGUUGGCACGGGUUUUACGCCGGAGCAGUUGUUCUACAUCGGCACGUGCUUUAAGUGGUGCUCGGCGACCGGGUACGGGUCGAGUAACCGAUCUCUGAGCUUCACGCCGGCCAGCCUGCGGUGUAAUGUGCCGCUGAUGAUGGCUGCGGCUCAGGGCUUUGGGGAGGCCUUCGGCUGCAGGAAUGAGAGUAAGAUGAUGCAAUUUGCUUCGGCAACGUGCGACGCCACCGAUUCGGGUCUGCCGGAUGCGGAAAAUGUGACCGUCAGUGUAUCGAGUUACGAGAGCAGAGUCUCGGACGUCACUCACGGUGGUUAGGACAAACUCUAGGCAGGAAUCGGGUGCUACCUGUUAUACAAGUAUUUUAAAACUUAAUUGAGGUGUUUUUGUGACGUCUGGUUUUAAUAUAAUUGAAAUAAUUUAAAUACCAUCCCCAGAAAAUCAUACAAGCAGUCUUCAAACUUGUCGAGCAAUCUCUCUAUAAGUAUUUAUUCGCUUGUGUUAGCUAUUCCUAAGACUUGUUUCUUCUAGUUCUUCGUAAGUGCUCCGAGAAGGAUUAUAUUUGAGAUUGAUUAAAAAAUGUUGUAGUUGUAGUUUGUUUUUAAACAGU